AUGUCGGGUUCGCCUGUGGCCACCGCUGAUAACAACACCCCGCGUCCGAAGGCUGCCAGACGACGAGGCAGAGGCCGUGGCGGUCGUGGCUCUCUUCGAUCUAUCCAGGCAGCUCCCAACACACAACCUGAAGCUCAGGAAACGCCUCAAGUACCAGCAAACGAAGCUUCAUCGUUGAAUGUACAGCCGAACGAAUCAUCACGGGCCGCAAGAGGAUCGAGGGGGGGAAAACGGGGUGGACGAGGGGUGGGCGCAUCCCAGGACUACGGUCGACGACGUGAACGAGGACGAGGUGAGGAUACAAAGGCUUUGGGCGGUGGGCUGGGAGGACGGACAUUUGAAGGACGAUUGUCGAAACCCCACCGGCCGUCUGAUGAGGAUCAACCAGAUGAUACGGGGGACUUGAGCUUGAGAGCUGAUGCGCCUGAAUUUGUCCCCGGAGCGCCAACGAAUGGAGUCGUACCUACCAGACUCACAUCCUCAGCAGAUUCUACGACCGGAAAGGGCAAGUCGAAGAACAUUCAGCCUCGGCCGCCGAAAGUGACGACGAAAUCUACUGCACCUGAUAUCGCCACCCGGAUACACGAAGACAUCGCGCACAACCUCUAUGAAUGUCCGAUUUGUACAAGCGAGCUGGGCCGAAGGUCGCGGGUCUGGUCGUGUGAGUUGUGCUGGACUGUUUUCCAUCUGAGUUGUGUCAAGAAAUGGUCAAAGAAUGAAGGAUCGGCCGCCCAGGAUGCUGCGCGUCGCCAGGCAGAUGGGGAGCCUAGUGCACCGCGUGCCUGGCGCUGCCCUGGCUGUAAUCUUCCACACGAGAUCUUCCCUUCCACCUAUUCCUGUUGGUGUGAGAAGGAAGUCGACCCCCGUCCGCUACCUGGCCUCCCCCCACACUCGUGCGGUCAAACCUGCUCACGGCCACGCAAAGGCUGUCCGCAUCCGUGCGAUGCGACUUGCCACGCUGGUCCUUGUUCACCUUGUACCGCGAUGGGCCCGACUCAAGAUUGUUUCUGUGGGAGGAAUUCGUCGACUAAGCGCUGCCAGGAUAUAGAUUACGAGAAUGGUUGGAGCUGUGGGGAGAUAUGCGGUGACUUGCUCCCCUGCGGCGAACACACUUGUACUCGGCCGUGCCAUGAGGGCCUCUGUGGGGCAUGUGAAGUCAAAAUAGAGGGUCGUUGCUAUUGUGGAAAGGUGCAGACCGAGAUGCUUUGCAGCUCCAAGGAUGAGGAGUUCGAAAGUCAACUGGCGCGAGGGGACGAUGGUACGAUCGAUGAAUGGAUUGGUUGUUUCAGCUGCGGAGAUCAGUGCAGUCGUCCUUUUGAUUGCGGAGUGCACUUCUGUGAGAAAGGUUGCCAUCCUCAGGAUGCACAUCCCGCUCAUUGCCCGCGGUCACCGGAUGUCGUUUCUCACUGUCCUUGCGGGAAGACGCCUCUGACAGAGAUGCCUUACUUCUCUGCCCGCACGUCCUGUGAGGAUCCUAUACCCAACUGUUCGAGGCCCUGUGGUAAGAUGCUGGAUUGCGGACACUCGUGCGACCAGAUCUGCCACACCGGCCCGUGUGGCUCGUGUCGACGCAAGGUGCCAGUUAAUUGCCGCUGCGGUCGCACCACGGUUGUAACUGUGUGCCAUCAAGGCACAAUUGAACCUCCUUGGUGUUUCCGUGUUUGCAAAGCAGGCUUGCACUGUGGCCGACACGCUUGCGCAGAGAGAUGCUGCGCUGGGGAGCAAAAGGCCAUUGAACGUCAGGCCGUGCGGCGGAAGCUCAAGUCACACCUCAGACCUAGCGACGAGGAUGUUGAAGCCGAACAUAUUUGCACGCGAGUUUGUGGUCGUCCGCUGAAAUGCGGAAGACACACAUGCCCGGAAAUCUGUCACAAGGGACCUUGUAACACUUGCCGAGAGGCAAUUUUCGAGGAUAUUCCGUGUAACUGCGGCAGAACUGUUCUGUCUCCACCCUUACCCUGUGGGACUAAACCUCCUGCUUGCUCCUUUCCGUGUGAACGACCUAAGCCAUGCGGCCAUCCUCAGACACCUCACAAUUGUCAUACUGACGAAGAGAGCUGUCCCAAGUGCCCGUUCCUCACUGAGAAGGCCUGUCUUUGUGGCAAACGUGUCUUGAAAAACCAGCCUUGCUGGCUGGCGGAGACGCGAUGUGGCCAGGUGUGCGGUGAACCGCUUAAAUGUGGCUCUCAUUCCUGCCAAAAGACCUGCCACCGGCCUGGCGAGUGCGAGGAUGCCUCCAGGCCUUGCCAACAGCCAUGUGGAAAGACCAAGUCCCUGUGCGGUCACCCAUGCACUGAACCUUGUCAUGCCCCGUACCAGUGCCCCGAGAAGACGCCUUGCGCGUCCACAGUCACAGUAACUUGUGGCUGUGGACGGCUUCGUCAAUCACGUCGCUGCAAUGCAGCGGCGGCAUCGAAGGGACCGGUACCGCAGGCAACAAGAGGACCUGCCGUGACCCCGUUGACAUGCGACGACGAAUGCGCUCGCUUGGAGCGGAAUCGUGCUCUGGCAUCUGCGCUUGGCGUCGAGAUUAACCCGGCCACCACGGCUGCUUCGAAUAUUUCUCCCAACACCCUUCCUUAUUCAACAGAAACCCUGGACUUGUAUGUCCAGCUUUCUUCCACCUCUCCGCUCUCCACACUACAGACGUACGAAUCAACCCUCCAUUCCUUAGCAACCAGUACCACUCAGCGAUCCGUACGCUUUCAGCCCGCCAAAUCCCCCCUCCGUGCGUUCAUCCACUCCUUAGCCGCGGACUGGGGCUUCGCCAGUGAGAGCUUCGAUCCAGAACCCCAUCGUCACGUCUUCGUCCUGAAACCCACAACAUGGACCGCACCGCUCCUCGGGUUCGGCCCAGAGAACUCCAUCGGCGUCGGCGGCAAAAGUGUGGGCGAAUGCGUCAAGCUCCGCGAACGCCAACGUCUCAAAGAGCGUGAAGCGCAACGGCUCGCCGCCGCCGAAGCCAAAGCGCUCAAGGAAGCUGCCAAAGCGCAGCAGUCCACAGAUACAGCGGGCGACGGCGGCUGGGCCCAGGUCGCUGCCUCCCGUCGAAGCAACGGCGUAAGCUCGGCGAGAAGCACGACCCCGGUUGCGAGUCCUAGUCCGUGGUCCGGGUCGAAGUUCGCGGCCCUUGCUGGCGGCGACAGCGGGACCUGGGGUCUUCCUAAGAAAGAGAAGCUCGUUCUGCGGUCCGGCGUAGGAGCCGCGAAGAAGAAUUCCGCGACUCCGCCUGCGACUGAGGUCGCGGAUAACUGGGAGGAAGAGGAGGAAAAGGUGGAGCAGGAAGAGGAGCGUGAGCGUGAGCGCGAGCAACAGUUGGACGAGGAAGCGCAGCCCAGAGAGGAGAAUAAUGAAAUGACUGACGCAACGGAUUCGGUUGAGAUGCCUGCCGAAGCGAUUGUCUCAACGGAUUGA